AUACCCUUCACUAUUUUCAGUCGCCUCUCUCUUCCCCUCUUCAGUUCAGUACCCUUCAUUUGGCACCCAUAUAUUUUGAACACAGAGAAGGUCUGCAUAUCAGCUAUUCUGAAAGCAGAAUUGCCAAUGAUGCUGUUUCAUGCAGUUGUUGGCAGUAUGAUAAUACUCCAGAACAGGCGGGCGAUGACGAUGCUUCCUUCAAAUUGGAGGAAAAUGUGGAAGGAAUGGGAGCUGCGAGGAAUGAUUCUGUUGAGCCUCACAACCCAAAUAGUUCUAGUCCUUUUAGGAAAUCGCAGAAAGUACGUUUCUGGAACUUGGAUCAGAAUUAUGGUGUGGUUAGCUUACUUACUCGCCGAUUCGGUAGCAAUAAUGGCAACAGGAAUACUUUCCAAUGAUCUAGGACAUGUCUACAGGGGAACUUCUCUUGGUGUAGAGUAUGAGAUUAAAGCGUUUUGGGCUCCCCUUAUGCUGUUGCACUUGGGUGGCACAGACACCAUUACUGCUUACUCCUUGGAAGACAAUGAGCUGUGGAAAAGGCACUCAUUUGGAGUAGUUACGCAAGCAAUGACCACAUUGUACAUAUUAAUAUUGUCCUGGACAGGCUCUCUUGUUUCCCUACUCUUCAUUGUGAUGUUCUGUUUUGGACUAGUCAAGUACUGUGAAAGAGUUUGGGUCCUUUAUUGGGCAAGUGAAAACAAUUUUAGAGACUCAAUCAAUGAUAUCCCUACCAAUGAAUCCAAAAUAAUAAAGGAAUGUAAACUGAAGCAGCUUGAGGGUUUCCAUCUGACCACACAUCAGGUGCUUGAGGUCGAGGUUGAGGUUCCAGUAACAUCAUCACCGGGACAUAAUGAUGCAAAUCAAUUACUUACUGCCUACCACUUUCUUGAGAUGGUGAGGCGUCUCUUCGCGGAUCUCAUACUUGGGUUUCAAGAUCGCGAUGCAAGCAAGGCAAUCUUCAAAAGGGACAACAUGGAUUCUAAAAAGGCUUUUAAGAUAACUGAGAUUGAACUCGGGUUAAUAUACGAUUUGCUCUACACCAAGGCGAAGGUUAUGUACACUAGAUGGGGGAUUGCAAGACGAAUCAUUGGGAUCUUUCUGACCCUUUUCGUGUGGGUGAUGGUGUCUUUGGAUGAGGUGUUGAUGGUCAACAAGAAACAUCACAACUACUCCUCCAAGGUUGACCUUACCAUAACUAUGGUAUUGUUGGGAUUUGCUUUUCUGUUGGAGUUAUAUGCAGUUGUAGAACUACUUCUCUCUGACCAAACUGCUCAUUGGCUAAUUAGGCAUAAGAAAGUCAGAGUCUUACGAGCCAUCAAUUGUGUUCGUAAUUUACCACUUAAACGCUGGUACAAUAUUUGCAGGUGGUCAAAUUCCAUGGAGCAGUUUAGCCUACUGAGCUUUUCAUUGAGAGAAAAACCCGUUCCACCGAAUGAGCCUCCAAAAAAGAAAACCUUGCCCUUUCGUGGAAUCUUGAAGACGUUAGGCGACAUUGACGAGUUUCUAGAGAUUUAUCAAUAUAAGGGUACUCCAAAGUCAAUAAACGAAGCUGACGAUUUAAAAUAUGCCAUUUUCCUGGAGAUAAAGGAAAUUAGGCCUUGGGCGGAAGAGAAUGGCUAUGACACACAUCUUAAAUCUUUGUACGGUCGUAGGGGAGGCCGCACAAUUGAAAAGAGGAACGUCCACGACGAUCUUAAGUGGAGUAUCGAGGACUUGGAGUUUGACCAAAGCAUCCUCAUAUGGCACCUUGCUACAGAAAUCUGGUGCAACCUUGACUACAUUAAAAAGGCAGAUUAUGAAAGUGCAGGAUCGAUAUGGCAAGAAAGAGGCAAGUCCUUGUCAAGAUACAUGCUUUACCUACUGGUCGAGCAUCCUAAUAUGUUGCCAAUUGGGAUGGGGCACAUCAGGUUCAGGGACAUUUAUGUGGAGCUUGGUGACUUCAUUGAAGAACAACUUUCCAAAUCUGUUUUGGACAUCAGUUGCAAGGAUGCUUCGGAGAUGUUGGUAAAAGUGAUCAAUACAAAAGACAUGGUUUCUGUCCAAGGAGGAGAAGGAGGGGACAAAAGCAAUUUAGUGAUAUUCCAUGCUUGUAAGCUUGCAUCACAACUUGAAAAUAUGAACGACAAAUGGAGGUUAAUUGUUGACGUUUGGCUGGAAAUGUUGUGUCAUGCUGCGAGCCAAUGUAAAGGAAGACUUCAUGCUCAGCAGUUGAGGCGAGGAGGGGAACUUCUCACUCAUGUCUGGCUUCUCAUGGCACAUUUUGGCUUAACUGAUCACUUCCAGAUACCACGUAGCCGUGCAAUAGCUGAUGCAGUUAUAAGGUAGAGCACUAAUGCUAUAACGACUGUUUUUUUUUUUUUCCUUAUUGUAUUUUAUUUAUCAUCUCAUGUUAAGACCCUACAUUGAUAACAAAUAUGAGCAGUAAAACCCAUUAAACCAAUAUUGUGUGGGACUUUGUGGCUUCAUCAGCAUUUGGGAGGGCUCUUGGUAACUUGCAACAAAAGUACCGUAACUCCUACAUAGCAAUCUGUAUAGUAAUUUGCUGGUGUCUCUUGAUGGACUAAGGUGAUCUUUAUUUUUUGUGCUUGUGUUUGGUCUGUUUUUGGUGUUGGUGAUGUAAGCGCAAUUAUUGCUUCUUUUAGUUUUUUGUUUUGGACCUUUAGGAUUGCUGUGAUUUACUUUUAUCUAUGUGCCAAUCUUAUUUGGAUAUGGAGGUCAAGCCAUUAUAUUUAUCGGCACCCCUGUUUUUCUCCUG